AUGACGGUUCAGGGUGGUAACAAUACCACCACCAUAGUCGAAGGCGAUAUCAACAACAACAACAAUCACAACAACAAGAACUAUAAUGAUAGUAAAAAAAAUGAUGAUGAUGAUAUAAUAAUGCAUAUUAAUAAGACGCCAGCUAUUUUUAGUCUACCUGUUGAUAUUAUACGAGAGAUUCUUUCAUAUCUUCCGGCUUCUUUUUUAGUUCAUACUUUGCUACGCGUUUCAUCCUAUCUGAAAAGUAUCAUACAAAAUGAGAAUUACUGGCAAAAUCUCUGGACUACACGUCAAGUAGCAUUCUUCUCUCACAAUGUACAACUUGUUAAACAAGCAGAAGGAGGAGAAAGAUAUAUGUCUAUUACCUUAUCCUCAUUAUCUGGGGAUCACAGUUUUUUACUUGCGUCUGUCCUACAAUCACAAGUGCCUCAUUUAAGUUAUUUAAAGAAUAAUAGUUUUAUUAAACUCUCUAAUAAUGAUGAUACUAAUGAUAAUAGUUUAGUUCAUAUUAGUAUUGCUUCUGAUCCUCUUUUGCUACUGUCAAGUAAUGAUAAUCCCGAAACCCUCACACAACAGAUCUCACGCUUAGCAGGAGCAAGCGUAGGAACAGAAAGAGGAAAAAAACGGAAACCAGAGUCCGGUACACAAAGAGUAAUCUCACGACGGAGAAAGUCUCGUAAUGAAUCGAUACGACUUUCAAAAGCAUUAUGCUUUCUUGAAAACAGUAAAUCUUUAGGGUUAUCUCGACCCAUGAUUGAUGACUUUAAUACACUACGAUUAUUUCUCUUUUCGUAUGAUCUUCCACCUCAACUCUCUCGUCGUGAUGGCACACCAGAAGAACACGAGAGUGCUUUCUUUGAUUUUAUUAAUGCUUUAGUAAAUUCCUGGAAGUGUUGUCAUCCAGCACUUCAAUUUACAUCCACUACUACACCAUUGGGUUUACCAGUGCAGCAAACGGAAAGAAGUUCCACAUUUACACUUCCAUCAGAGGAGGCAGAAACAGAGACAACAACAACAACAACAACACUGGGGAUAACAGGAGUUGCGGUAGGUGCAACAACAACAACAACAGUAUCAACAUCAUCAUCAUCUGCAGCUGAGAUAACAACAAAUACUACUGAAGAGAAAGAUAAUGAUGGUGUUUUCUUUUCGGUUUCAGAGCCUGUAUUAAUGCCAGCAUCAUUACCGUUAAUGACAUCUUCUAGACUAAUUGUAGUGCCUGGAACAAGUAUUGUACGUCGUCUGCGUUUUUCUCUUAGUGACACUUUAAUUUAUCUCUUCUUAUUACAACACGUUAGUUUUUCUGAUAUUCAUCAGCAUGUCUGGAAUGAUGAACGUAAAUGUGCUAUUUGUAGUCGCAUUGUGAGUCCAACUGGACAUGCGGUGGAACUGCGUUUCUUUACCUCAACACUACUUAGCGUAUAUCCACGCUUCUAUGUAAAGAUGGAGUUUACUCAAGGUGAUCUUCCAUACACACGUAUUCAGGAAAUCUUUGAUCAACAACGGAGUUGCCCUUAUGGUCCCACCGUCUCAUCCCCCUCUUCACCCUCAUCAUCAUCAUCAUCAUCAUCAUCAUCUUCAUUACUCUCUGAUGUUGAGGAUAGCGGUAGUAAUAGUAAUAGCAAUACUGGUAAUCCGGCUCUCGCAUCUCUCUUCUUUGGUGGAUAUGGGAGAGUUGAAGUUGAUAUUCCUCCCACAGUUUCCUGGCAUGACUUUGUGCGAUUACGUAAUGCCCUCGGCCUUGACCAGUCGUUUCCAAUGCAACUCUUGUGGAAUGUUGUGAUGUUUGCGGCUGGAGCGGGGGGAGAUAUUCUGCAGCAACAGCAACCCUCCUUUGCAGAGUACUACCAGACAUCCUUCGCAGACGCCUUUGCAAAAGGAUUUUCCACUGCCGGCUCUACAGUCCGUUCGUGA